GCGCGACCAACGGCCCAACUUUGCACCCAGCUUCGCCACAAGGGACGAGAAACCAUGAGCAGUCAGACUGGAGGCGCUGCAAAACCUGGCCAAGCUAAGGAGGACUGCAGUGAAGAACACUCGCUCUAUUUGAAGAUCACAUCCCAGUUGGAGUAUUACCUGUCCAACUGCCAUCUGGCAAAGGACGGCUUCCUCCUGAAACACGUGCAGAAGAACAAACUGGGCUAUGUCAGCCUCAAGCUCCUCACUUCCUUCAAAAGGGUGAGGGCGCUGACCAAAGACUGGCACGUGACUCUGGCCGGGGCGCACUGCUCAAAGCUCCUGGAAGUGAACGAGGAAGGGACCAAAGUGAGGCGGAGAGAGCCGCUUCCCAAGUGGCUGCUGUCCUCGCCCACCAGCAGGCUCAUCCUGGCCUGGAACCUGUGCGGGGAGCAGACGGGAGAGGACGGAGAGGCCCAAGACCCAGAGCAACAAUGUCCCAUGAAGAGACUCUUCAAAAAAUUCAGCGCUUUUGGCAACAUCUCGUCACUCUGGAUUCUGCAUCCUGGCAAAGCGCUUCCCAACGAGCUGCAGUGCUACGCCAAGCGUCACGGCGUGCUCGGUCGUCGCCUGUGUGCCGUGGUCAAGUUUGAUUGCUUGGACGAGGCUCGGGCGGCCUACAGCGCCCUGAAAGCAGAGGAGGCAAAUGGAAAGGGCAUGUGUGUGGUACCGUUGGGAUGCCCUGAAAAGCCGUACUUCACCCAGGAAGAGCUACAAGAGGAGGCUGACAGGGAUCCAGCUCAGGUGACCCGACUCAACCAUGAAACGUCGAAUCAGGAAUUUGCGAGUCUCCAGGAAUCCUCUGAGGAUUCACCCCCGGAGAAAAGCGCGUUCCCAGUGAAGGAUUCCGACAAGAGUCCGUCCGGAUUCCAGCCUGAAAAGCCUCAAGCCAAAGCGCCGGGAGAUGCCCUGGACAGUUUCUCCACCAACCACCGUGGCCAGCCCAUCUGGAGGUUCGGUAACAGAGCAAAUUUGAGCAAUGGGAGCUCCGGGGACCAUGGCCAGGAGAGGUAUGGGUGCCCCUGGGUGCAGAGACGCAAAGACACUGCCAGCGGAGUCCACCCUGAGCCAGCAGGGCCGCUGAGUAAGCCCUCCAUGACGCUGAAAAUGCUGCGUCUGCCCCGCGGGCCUGAUGGCACCAAGGGUUUCCAUGGCAGCAGGGCGAUAGGGAAGCCGCUGCAGGAGCCAUAG